UAGAAAAUGUCACCGCAAUAGAGGACGGUGGACAAAGGCCUACUAUUUGAAUGGAGUGAUAAGAACGGUGAUUGGAUGAAAUGCAACUGAACACAUUGGACACGUAUGCCGCGAGACAGUUGUGCACAGUUGCAUUGAUACGGCCAGCACUCACUAGACCCAGCUCUGUAGGCUAUUAGACUGAUGGACGAGAACGCGAGUGGCGUGAUUUGGCCCCGCGAGAGCCUUGGGAGGCAGACGCUGUCGCAGUUGGAGGAUGCGAGUCGCGAUCUGGGGCUGGCCAAGAGUUUUUACAACGGCUUUGAGAUGUGGUGGCUGGCCGGGAUGCCCAUUACGCUCGUGUUUGUGCUUACGCUACUCAGCUUCUCACUAGCCUCGGGUGUCAGCGGUCUUGGCAAGUCGGUGUCCUGGCGCAAGAUGCUGCCUGCGUCCGUCUGGUACCUUGUGGGGUGGAUGAACCGACUGCUUAACGCUGAUUUUCUGGCAAUGGAGAAGAAAACGGCAAGGACGGCGAUGCUGAAAGAUGCUGGCGAGCUAAAGAUCCCGCGCCAUAUUGCAGUCAUUAUGGACGGCAACAGACGCUACGGCAAGACCAAAUAUGGGGCAGGAGUACGAGGACACACGGAUGGCAGCAAGACGCUUGUCAAUUUUACAGACUGGUGCAUCGACGCCGGGAUUCAGGCACUUACAGUGUUUGCGUUCUCGACAGAGAAUUGGAAUCGCGAACAGUCGGAGGUGGACGCGCUGAUGAACUUAUUCAGCCAGUUCAUGCAUGAGAUUGUGCCCGAGGCGCUGAAGAGGGAUGUACGCGUGCGCGUGUUGGUAUCCGAUGGACGUAAGCUGCCCGCUUACAUCGUUGAGGCGAUUGAGGAGAUUGAGACGAAGACGCAGAACUGCUCCAAGUUCAGCCUCAACCUCUGCGUCAGCUAUGGCGCGCGGGAUGAGAUCGUGGGUGCUUGCAGGAAAAUCGCGACAGAAGUUGUCAGGGGUGAGACUUCCGUUGAGGACAUCAACGAGGACUUAGUCAGUCAGCGCAUGCUCACAGCCGGUCUGCCGGAUCCAGACAUCCUCAUCCGCACGUCGGGCGAGCUUCGCAUCAGCAAUUUCCUGCUGUUCCAGAUCGCGUACUCUGAGCUGAUCUUCAUGGAUAAAAUGUGGCCUGAGGUGACGAAGGACGAUGUAGAGGGCAUCAUCAUGGAGUUCAACCGCCGCAAACGCCGCUUCGGCAAGUAAAGUGGCGGUGUCUUCGCCGUAUCGAAGCAUUACGCCGUUAUGCGGUACUAGAGCAAUGCACAUACCAUAAAAAUGAAUUGAACAAGUUUGAGUCAACUUGAA